AUGUCCAAUCCCCGACCUCGGCCAGCUUACACCUCGCCUCCAAUCAACAGGGAUCUAUAUGAUCGCAUCGCAGCCACGGCCGGUGAUGCGUCGUCUAGGACUCUCGUUACCGAGUUUCUGAUUCCUCCUCGUUCGGGGAAGGCUUGGCAUGUUCCCGCUGGAGCCAUCUUGCGCCUCUCCACUCCCGAGGGUCCGCAGGUGGGAGACUUCAAUUUGUGGAAUAUGCAUAACCCACGGGAACGACUAUGGGCGAGUCGUACUCGUCAGCUGGAAAAAAGCCAUGUAAGCGUGGGGAAUCGGUUGUGGAGCUCCUUGCCCUUCAUGAGACCGAUGGUCACGAUCAUCGCUGAUUCACUCGCCGACUAUGGCGUUGACGCUGUUGGGGGGAGAUGUCACGAUCUCCUAGGCACCAGGUGCGAUCCAUACGUCAAUAAGCUUAUAACGAAUGAUGACUUCGAUCUCCACUGCCAUUCGAACCUGACACGCGCUGUCCUGCCAUAUGGGCUCACUGAGUUCGAUGUCCAUGAUGUUCUCAAUGUGUUCCAGGUCACGGGUCUGGAUGAAGAAGGCAAAUACUUUAUGCGCGCUUCGCCAGCAACCGGUGACACAUAUAUCGAGUUUUUCGCUGAGCAACCUCUCCUCUGCGCACUCUCCACAUGCCCUGGUGGGGACCUCUCGAACUGGGGCUGGGGCGACGAUGGGGCCAUGGAAGAUGUCUGCAGGCCAAUUAAGGUAGAGGUAUUCGAGAUUCCUAGGCACGCGAGAAACGAGGUGCUCCGCGAUUGGGAGGAGUCUAAAUGCCCAGACUACAAAGGAUUACAUGGAAUGAAGUCUCCCCAGUCGGAAUAG